CAAACGCGACAAGGAUGGAUUUAAUCAGCACAGAAACGUAUAACCUUUGACUUCUAAACAUGGCCGCCAUGAAGAAAGUAGUAGUUGCUGCUGUUGUCGCUGCUUUUGCAGCUUUCAUUGGACACCGAUUUCUUAAACUAAAGGAAAUGAGCCUUGCUUCCAGAGAAGUACCCGUGAAACACCUCAACUGUCAUUAUUUAAACAAUAUUGAAUAUGGGGCAGAGGAUAUCACAAUACUAAGAGAUGGACUGGCCUUUCUAAGCACAGGGUUGAAGUAUCCGGGAGUGCCUUCACUCUCUGAUGAACCAGGGAAAAUGUACAUUUUGGACCUGCUGCACCCAAAGCCAACUCCAGUGGAACUGCAAAUCAAAGGAGGGCUGGACCUCCGCUCUUUCAACCCUCAUGGCAUCAGUGUAUACAUUGAUGAAGCAGAUGACUCUGUGUACCUGUUUGUUGUCAAUCAUCCUCAGCACAAAAGCCAAGUAGAGAUCUUUCAUUUUGUUCAGGAGAACACUCUUGUGCACCUAAAAACUAUUACCCACCCCCUACUCCACAGUGUAAAUGACAUUGUUGCAGUCGGAGUAGAAAGCUUCUAUGCCACAAAUGAUCACUCCUUUCCCAGUGAUGCACUUCAGUUUCUGACUCUGAUACUGGGUCUCCCCUGGUGUGAUGUGGUGUACUACAGUCCAAAGGAAGUGAGGGUGGCAGCCGAUGGCUUUCUGUCCUCAAAUGGCAUCAACAUGUCACCUGACAAACGGUACAUUUAUGUUUCGGAUAUUAUGGACCAUGAGAUAGAUGUUUUUGAGAGACAAGAAGGAGAACAGUUGGUGUAUCUUAAGUCUGUAGCUGUUGGGUCGCUCUGUGAUAACAUCGAGGUGGACUACAAGACAGGUGACAUAUGGCUGGGUUGUCAUCCAAAUGGCAUGAAGUUGUUAAAUUAUGACCCUCAAGAUCCACCUGGCUCUGAGGUCAUCCAGAUCAAGAACAUUCACUCAGAGCAGCCGGUGGUCAGCCAGGAGUAUGUUGAUAACGGCCAUGUGAUCAUGGCCUCCAGUGUAGCAGCUCCUUACGAGAGAAAGUUGCUAAUUGGAACUGUUUUCCACAAAGUCCUGUACUGUAAUUUGAAAUAAUCUGUGUAUUGUGUAUCCGUGGUCACUGCUGUUUUAGAUUAGAAAUGUUGUAAGAAAAAUUCAAAAAGUUGAAUACAAUAAUAACAUUCACUGCAAAGCAGGAAACUAUCUUAACAGUGCAGACUUAUAUUUUAUAGAGUCCUUUAAUAUAAUUUUCACAAAAUUCUGUUUUCCUGAUACAUAACAGUAUUUAUGAUACUUUGGUACAAAACUCCCUUCCCACAGCAUAGGUUAAUCAGUUCCACAAUUUAGGAAGUUUUAGAAAAGUUCUUUUAACCUUUUUCAUCUUUAUCUAUUAACACAUCUCCCUCUUCUACCUUGGCGAUCGUAAACCUAGUCCCCCCACCAUCAGGAUGCUGUACACUUUCCUCUUUUGUAGCAUCUUUGGUAGGUACAGUGAAGAUGAUACCAUCAGUUUCUGAAUCAAAUGCACAAGUGUCCUUGUUCUCCUCAUUAUCCGUCCUCAAACACUGUGCAGAUUCAUGGUCUCUGUUUCUGUUUCUUUCUUGUAUUAAAGAAUGCAUGUCU